CAAGCUCCAUGUUGAUCCACUCGCACAUUGCACAAGCUGAUUUUUAGUGCCCAGCAGCAUGCUACAAUGCCAAUGCUGGCAACUUUUAGUUCAUUUAUUCGCUCUCGGAGACUCGAACCCUACUUGAUCAGCACUGAUAGAAUUAGGGUUUUCCUGAUGCAUGGCACCUGAAGCACCCGAUAUGCUGCAGGUGGCGUGCGGAGAAUCUUUUUGGUCUGUACGGACUUUGGUAUCACACUGUGCUUGUGUUCACUCCGAGUCAUGCAGAUGCUACCCCAAUCUUAGGCGUGCUGGGGGCUUACUACAACAAAAGCGUUGUGUGAUUAGCAUUCAUUUGCCUUCAUCAGUCUCCGCACCAGUGACACCUGUUGCAUCUCCUGCUGACCUCGUCCUUGUUGAUCAGGAGUGCCAUGCGUAUUCGGCUUAUCUCGUGGAGGCUGGCCGGCCGAAGCUGUUUGUGAUGCGGCCGGACGGAGUGAUAAUGAUUGGAGCGAUCGUACAUGGUGCAGAAGGUGUGAAGAACUAUUUCCCCAGAAUAUUUUUGAAUGCGGUUUAGGUCAAGGUGCAGUGUUGGUUCGCUUUGUACUAGUAUGACCUCGUGUACUAGACACGCAACUGCGAAGUACAGUGCUGCACGUGCGUGUGUUAUGGGCGCAGUGUUGAAUACUUCUUGAAGGAAUCAGCGAGCGCCAUGGUUCAUAAACAGCGUCGUCACCCUCUACCUGCACUUAACUUGAAGCCUU